AAAGACACAGCGCGGGUAUUUUUAUCACUUGUCCCCAGAAAUGUUAGUUUAUCAUUUCUGGGAAGAACGGUUGAAUUUACUGGAGGCCUGCAGCCCACUGUCAAUGCUAUCUGUAAUUGUGCUGAAUGGGUUGGAAAUUACGAAGUGGGCCUUGAAUUUGUAUUUUAUUUCUAAAUGGGAAAGACAAAGACCAUGACAUUGAAUUAGUUACAUCUCUGCGUCUCAUUGGAACUUAUUGACCACAUCAUUGCUGUGAACAGGUGUACAAAUCCAUUUUUAGGGAGAAGGCAGAAGAUUACAGAGGCGUGAAAGAUGAGGGCUCUGGUGCUGGUUCUGGGUCUGGUUUGUUUUGUGACAAGGCCCGAUUCUACCGAGGCCCAGUUUCCUCGAGUCUGCAGCACGGUGGAGGGGAUCGUCUCAAAGCAGUGCUGCCCUGCUCUCGGCUCUGAUCCUGCUAAUGUGUGUGGAACUUUAUCUGGACGAGGAAACUGCUCCGACAUCAGAGUCAGUACCAAACCCUGGGGCGGACCAUAUCGAAUGAGAAACCGAGACGACCGUGAAAGGUGGCCAACAAAAUUUUUUAAUCAAACUUGCAGGUGCUUCGGUAACUUUGGUGGCUUCGACUGUGGCCAGUGUAAGUUUGGCUGGGCAGGACCAAACUGUGACGUACGUAAAGUCCCGGUGGUGAGGAAGAACAUCCACUCUCUGACUCCAGCUGAGCUUCAGGAGUUUCUGGAUGUGUUGGACCGGGCCAAGAACACCACCCACCCAGACUAUGUCAUCGCCACACAGCACUGGCUGGGCCUGCUGGGGCCCAAUGGAACCCAGCCCCAGUUCUCCAAUAUUUCCAUCUAUGACUUCUUUACAUGGCAGCAUUACUACUCUGUCAGAGAAACGCUGCUUGGACCUGGACGUCUUUUCAAACAGAUUGAUUUCUCCCACAAAGGACCUGCCUUUAUAACCUGGCACAGGUACCACCUACUCAGUCUGGAGAGAGACCUGCAGAGACUGACUGGCAAUGAGAACUUUGCUGUUCCAUACUGGAACUUUGCCACAGGGCAGACUGAGUGUGACGUCUGCACAGACUCUCUCCUGGGGGGGCGCAACCCAGACAACCCCUCCCUCAUCAGUAACCAGUCCAGGUUCUCCAAUUGGGGAGUGGUGUGUAACAGCAUGGAUGAAUAUAACCGCCUGGUCACUUUGUGUAAUGGGACCAGUGAGGGACAUAUAAGGAGAGGACAGGUAGGGAGGAGCAACAUGAGUCUUCCCACAAUGAAUGACGUCAGGAGCUGUCUUAGACUCAGAGACUUUGACAGUUCUCCCUACUACACUAACUCUACCUUCAGCUUCAGGAAUUCUCUUGAAGGCUAUGACAAGCCAGAUGGCGAGGCAGAGCUUGACUCCUCAGUGGACAAUCUGCACAACCUGGUCCACUCCUUCCUCAAUGGAACCAGUGCUCUGUCUCACUCUGCAGCCAAUGACCCCAUCUUUCUAGUUCUCCAUGCUUUCACUGAUGCCAUUUUUGAUGAGUGGAUGAGGAAGUCUGUUCCCCCAAACUCCAGUUUCCCCGAUGAGAUGGCCCCCAUUGGUCACAACAGAGAUUACAACAUGGUGCCAUUCUUCCCUCCUGUGACCAAUGAAGAGAUUUACGUUGCGUCUGACCAGCUGGGAUAUUCUUAUGCCAUCGCACUGGAUGAGAAUGACGGUAAUCCUGUAUUUGUCGUGAGAGCUACUUUGACAGGCGUUUUCGUGGGCCUACUGGCUGUGCUCAUGGUAGUCGUGGUUUAUAUGCUGCACAGGCGAAGAAAGCAUGGCUUUGAACCCUUAAUACAAUACAAUAGGAAGUACAUAGACAACUCUUGAACUUUUCUUGAGCUAAAGCCUAACAGUAACUGAACGAAAGCCUACGGUUUAUCUGAUUAAGCUUGUAUGCUAUGUUCAUAUUAACGUAAUACACAGUCAUGGGAUCAAUUGAAACAUACUGUAAACUCAAGAUAAGUACUUAUUUCAUCAAUGUAAAAUCCUGAGGGUAGAAUGUUUGAGACCUGUAAUAUUUAUAUUCAGCCAAUCAGAACAACACAAGGAAUGAACCCAUACAAAAUAAUGAACACUUACUGAAUAUUUAUUCAUUUAUUGAGAGCCCAUUUUCAGUUCCUGUUCUGUAAAUGUUUGAUUCUAUGGUCUUGGACAAAAAUGUAGUUUACGAGAAUAAAUAUUUGUACACCCUU